CGUCUGAUAACACUCGGCGAUGGACUGUCACGAUAGUACGCGCGAUUGCCUUUGACAGUUCACGUUUCACGACAGUGUACGAUCCGUCGUGGGAUACAAUUCGCGGCGUUGUACAUAAAAGUAAAUAUGAUGCCAAGGCUUUAAGUCUAGAGGCAUCGAAUGAGAACGAAGUCCAUUGGGGAACGUAACGGCUGUGCGCCAAGGUGUGUGCGUGUGUACGCGCGCGUCAGUGCAGCUCACCUACACCUGUAUCCGGGGAUUUCACGCACACGAACGUGCACAGACGUACGAGUACAAUAUCCUUAGCCUUGGACGGACCACCGCCCGACCAGCGCUAGGACAAAGGACGGCGACGUCAGCGUCGUCGAACACUUUCAUCGAUAUUAACGUUCCUUUUUAUCUCUUUUAUACCCACCUUUUUUUCCUACGCAUUUAAUCUAGCGGAAAUUUCAUAUAUAUUUCUCGUAUAUACCACGUACAGCUCUCUCUCUCUCUCUCUCUCUCUCUCUCUCUCUCUCUCUCUCUCUCUCUCUCUCUCUUUCCGUGCUUUGUGAGCAGUCCUCAAUCCUUUUAGCGACUUUCGAUAAUCAUCUUUUCGCUAAACUUCAUAUCCAGUCGCUCUGGCGAGUCUCGCCUUUUCUCCAUAGUAAGUAGUCGUGAAAUAAAAUAAAUACGUAUCGCCUCGCGUGCGCCCGCACAACGAGCAAGUGAGCACCUUUCCUCUUUCUCUUGUUUUCUUCUCCAUCUACCUCCGUUUCCCUCUCCUCCUGCGACCCCCUUCCUCUUCCUUCCUCAAGUGCACUCCCUCGCGAACGUAGGCUCUCCGUUAGUCCGUUCCUCUUCUCUCCACGGUGCGGAACAUCGUAUAGCGAGCGCCCUCUCGCUCCCUCCAGCAGCAGCGGCACGUCGUUUCCCGUCGACUCCGUCGUCUCGGGGGACAGAAUAUGGAGGCGAUAGCGAAGCACGACUUCACGGCGACCGCCGAGGACGAGCUCAGCUUCCGCAGGAGCCAGGUCCUGAAGAUUCUAAAUAUGGAGGAUGAUAUGAAUUGGUAUAGAGCUGAAUUGGAUUCUAGAGAAGGACUUAUACCGAGUAAUUACAUUGAGAUGAAGAGCCAUGACUGGUAUUAUGGCAGGAUAACUAGAGCAGAUGCUGAAAGAUUAUUGAUGAACAAACAUGAAGGUGCCUUUCUGAUCAGAAUUAGUGAAAGUUCUCCUGGUGAUUUCUCUUUAUCCGUAAAAUGCUCCGACGGUGUGCAACAUUUCAAAGUAUUAAGAGACGCACAAGGCAAGUUCUUUUUAUGGGUUGUCAAAUUUAACAGCCUCAAUGAACUGGUGGAAUAUCAUCGUACAGCGUCUGUUUCUCGCUCACAGGAUGUUAAGCUGCGUGAUAUGGUCCCUGAGGAGUGUUUAGUACAAGCACUUUACGAUUUUGCACCGCAAGAGCCUGGCGAAUUGGAGUUCCGACGAGGAGAUGUAAUUACUGUCACAGAUCGUACAGAUCAGCAUUGGUGGCAUGGAGAAAUUGGAAAUAGACGGGGACUUUUUCCGUCCACCUAUGUCACGCCAUACCACUCCUAGACCUCACAUGGUCGAACGCACAGAGGCCGUUAUUGGGAACAGUGGCCGCCUUAUCCCACCUCUAUCACUUACAGGAUCCGAGUUGCCGCGGAUUUGAUAAACAAUAUUUUACAAACCUCACCUAUCGAAUGGGCCACUAAAGUAUACUGGUGGUCACGCCGAAAAGUCUUCUAAGUAAACACGACUAAAAAUGAAUCGAAUAUAUCCUAACACCAAAAUCCUUGAAUACCGAAGAAUAAACGUCGCGUUUAUUUAAUCGAUGAAAAAGAAAGAGAAAAUUAUCAUCGAUAUCACAUCGAAACAUCUAAGCACGAGGAUUUAACAUCUAGAAUUUAAGGACGAUUUGAGUAUUUAAGAUGUUUGACGAUAUCCGAAGAUCCGAAGAUCUAUGAUGUUAUCCGGGGAUUGAAGAAUUCAUGCUUUUAUGAACGUCUAGGGAUGAAAAAAUGCCUAAAAGAUGCCUAAGGAUCUAAAGAUUCAAGCAUUUAUAGAAUUCUAACAGUUUACAAUGAUCCUUUGUCUAAGAGUUAUCUAAGUAUCAAUGGAUAUCCCCAAGGAUCUAAGGAUCUCUCGCGCGGUCUCCGCCUGCAAUGGGAAUCGCGUUCGAGGAAUAUGUAUAUUUUUGUUUUCCUUUUUUUGUAAACCUUUUUGAGGACUCUAUAUUUUUUCUUUACUUAUUGCGUAAAGCACAGAACUUCGUAGCAUUAUUCUGUAAUUAUUAUUAUUAUUAUCUUUUAUGGUUAUUAUUAUUAUGACUAUUAAUGUUAUGUUACAUUUUAUUGAUAACAAUAUAUUAUAUUAAUUAUGGC